ACGGAAGUGGAGUGAAGCCGGCCGGAAAUGAGUCCGCGUCUUUUUCCCGAGGGCCGCGGCGCCCAAAGCUACAGUGGCUGAUGGGGCGGGGAGCGGCCGGCUUGGGGCCAAUCAGCUGCGGGGAGGGCGGGACUUCCUGCGCGGGGGCCGGAGUGGCUCGGUAGCCAAGCUCGCCGUGGUCUCACCUCGCGUGGUGGUGGCGGCGGCGGAGUGUCUCCGUUAGGAGGUGCGCGGGGCCAUGACGUCAGCGUCCACAAAGGUCGGAGAGAUCUUCUCCGCGGCGGGCGCCGCCUUCACGAAGCUCGGGGAGCUGACCAUGCAGCUACAUCCCGUGGCCGACUCUUCCCCCGCGGGUGCCAAGUGGACGGAAACGGAGAUAGAGAUGCUGAGGGCUGCUGUGAAGCGAUUUGGGGACGAUCUUAAUCACAUCAGCUGUGUCAUCAAGGAACGGACAGUAGCUCAGAUAAAGGCCACUGUGAAACGAAAGGUAUAUGAAGACUCUGGCAUCCCUCUUCCAGCUGAAUCACCCAAGAAAGGACCCAAGAAGGUGGCAUCUGGUGUUCUGUCACCUCCUCCAGCCGCCCCUCCACCCAGCAGUUCUAGUGUCCCUGAGGCCGGGGGUCCCCCACUAAAGAAACAGAAAACUGAUGUGACACUCAGUGCUUUGAAUGACUCCGACGCCAACAGUGACUUGGUGGAUAUUGAAGGGCUAGGAGAAACACCUCCAGCCAAGAAACUCAACUUCGACCAGGACAGCCUGACCCUAGAGUCUGGCCUUCUCACAAUCUCUGUUGAUGCUCCUCUACUCUCCUGCUGAGCCUCCUACUUCUGACCGUCUUGAUUGUUCACUCUGGACCUGUGGAUCGCCUGGGACUUGAGCAAGACCUACAUGAGAGGGUCAGAAGGCUGCUGGGGUGGUUCACCUGGCUGUUCCUAAUAACCAUCUGUCCCCACCCCCUGACCUCCACGGAAUGAACAUUUUUAUACAGAAAACAAUAAAGAUUUCACU